AUGCCUCUCCCGCAGACCACCACGUCUACUCUCCCGGCCAAUGCUCCCAUCUUCACACCCGGUGCUUCCGGAUUCCCCCCUCCCAAUGCGAACGAGCCUCCACCGAGACAUCGCAAGGCUGCUUCCCUGGCGUCAUCAACAGGCUCUGUACCAGCAACAGCUGGCUUCCAACCAAGUUCUCUCCUUCCAAACGGCGGCGUCAACGUUCUGAACAAAGGAGGAGCCCAACAGGCUCUUGGAUCUAUCAGUUACAGUAACGCCCUUGGACAGGAUGGAUUCGAUGAUGGCUUUGCUCCUCCUGCUGCAUUUGGCGGACAUUCCCGACAAGCGUCCAGGGCGGAUUCCAGCUGGCGCCUGAAUGGUGGCGUCGGUGGCAUCCAACAAAACAAUGCUUUCACCGCAGACCUUGCCCAGGCUCAAGCUCAAUUGCAAAGCCUUCAGCAGUUCCGUGCAGCCGCAGGAGGACAUCAUCAGAAGAUCCCAUCUUUCAGCUUUCCCAAUAUGCUACCCAACAUGAUGGCCGCGAAUAUGAUGGGCCUGGGACUUGGGGGUAUCAACCUUCUUCAGCAACAGCAGCAGCAGUUCCAGUCUCAAUUGCAACAGCAAUCAAAUCAGCCCCAACGCAAGUCGCUUUUCGCUCCUUACCUUCCUCAGGCAUCUCUACCACCGCUCCUUGCUACUGGUAAACUAGUCGUUGGUAUCUUGCGCGUGAACAAGCGCAACCGCUCAGACGCCUAUGUCUCUACGGAGGUUUUGGAUGCUGACAUCUAUAUAUGUGGGUCAAAGGACCGUAAUCGUGCCCUCGAGGGCGACAUUGUUGCCGUGGAACUACUUGACGUUGAUGAGGUGUGGGGUACGAAGAAGGAAAAAGAGGAGAAGAAGAGGAAAAAGGAGGAGAACGCAGCGUAUGAGAUGAAGAGCACUGCUGGACGCAAGAAUGACAAGAAGAAGGAUGACGUCGAAGUCGAAGGCCAAGGCCUUAUGCUUUUCGAAGACGAAGAAGUUACCGACGAAGUUAAGCCGCAGUUUGCUGGUCACGUUGUGGCCGUUGUCGAGCGAAUGCCCGGCCAGUUGUUCUCCGGCACCUUGGGUCUCUUGCGUCCGUCCUCCGCUGCCACGAAGGAGAAACAGGAAGCUGAACGUCGCGAACGCGAGGGUGAUCGUGGUGAUGAACCCAGGCGCCCCAUUGACCGCCCCAAGAUCGUUUGGUUCAAGCCUACCGAUAAGCGUGUCCCGCUUAUUGCCAUUCCUACCGAACAAGCGCCUCCUGACUUCGUUCAAAAUUCUGACUCAUACAUCAACAAGCUAUUUGUUGCUUGCAUCAAGCGUCACCCUAUCAGCUCGUUGCAUCCCUUUGGGACCUUGGUCGAGGAGCUUGGACCUAUCGGCGAUAUCGAAGUGGAGACGAGUGCUUUACUGAAAGAUUGCAAUUUCCCAACGGAGGACUUUACAGAGAGCGUCCUCAAGUGUUUGCCACCAAUUCCCUGGUCGAUCCCUGAAAGGGAGUUCGAGAUUCGUAAGGAUCUUCGAAAUGAGCGUAUCUUCACGAUCGAUCCCGACACGGCUAAGGAUCUGGAUGACGCUCUUUCUGUCAAGUCGAACGACGACGGGACUUAUGACAUCGGUAUCCAUAUUGCCGACGUAUCGUACUUCGUCAAACCCAACACGGCCUUGGACCGUGAUGCUCGCAAACGCGCCACAAGCGUUUACCUUGUCCAGCGUGUUGUCUCCAUGCUGCCACCUGCGCUCAGCGAGGAGCUGUGCAGCCUGAAACCUGGACAUGAACGUUUGGCGUUCUCUGUCAUCCUGACGAUGACCAAGGAUGCUCGAGUCGUCAAGAAAUGGUUUGGCAAGACAAUUGUCAAAUCGGCUGCGAAGCUUUCGUAUUCUAAUGCUCAGAAUGUCAUCGACGGCAAACUCUUGUCAGACGUACCAGUCAGCCCGGAACAUAAUGCCUCAGCUAUCGAGCACGAUAUCAAGAUUCUGUGGGACUUGGCAAGCGAGUUGCGCACUCGUCGCUUCCAGAAUGGUGCCCUUAGCCACGAAUCUCUUCGCCUGUCUUUCACUUUGGAUGAGUCUGGCAUUCCAGUUGACUGUUCGGGUUAUGAGCGUCAUGAAUCCAACCAGCUGGUUGAGGAGUUCAUGCUUCUCACCAACGUGACUGUCGCUCAGCAGAUCGCCGUCAAUCUCCCUGAGCAGGCGCUCCUUCGCCGCCAUGAUGUUCCCAUAGAACGCCGCCUUAACAUGUUGGCGGAACGGGCUCAACGUUUGGGAUACAAUCUCGACACGUCUUCAUCAGGUGCCAUCAUGCGUUCCUUCAAUGCUAUCGAGGAUCCUACCGCUCGCAAACUUUUGGAGUUGCUGGUCUUCAAGGCCACUCACCGGGCGAGGUACUUCUGUGCCGGCAUGCUUGAUAUUGCGAAAUAUCAUCACUACGCCUUGAACGUGCCAUUGUACACUCAUUUUACGUCUCCCAUUCGUCGCUAUGCGGAUGUCUUAGUCCACCGUCAGCUUGAACAUGUUCUACAAGGCACCGCUGAAAGCAAAUUCGCCAUGGACCGAGAUGCUGUUGCCAAGGUCACUCAGCAAUGCAAUAUCAAACGGGACUCUGCUCAGCUCGCCCAAGAGCAGUCUGCGCACCUUCAUCUAUGCGUGUUGAUCUCGGAUUUGACUUCUCGAUAUGGGCCUGUCGUGCGCCAAGCUAAGGUAGUCGCUGUUCUCGACGCCGCUUUCGAUGUCCUCGUCCCCGAAUUUGGCAUCGAAAAGAGGGUCCAUGUUGACCAGAUGCCCAUCGACAAUCACGUCUAUGACGAGCACGCACACACACUCCAGAUUUAUUGGUCCGAUCGCGACGUCAUCAAUUGGCUUGCGGAAAACAGCGACGAUGAGCAUCUCAAGAAGGUCAAGCAAAACGCUGAACAGCACGCCGUGAAGAUGGAGGUAGCCUCGCGCUCACUUCACGACGAGAAAGCUCUCUUCGAUGAAGAUGAUGGCGAUGAUGAGAUCGUGUUGGGCCGCGAUGACAAGGACAUUGACGUCAAGAACGAGACGUCCAAGCAACGCUUGUUGUCCAUGGCGAAGGUUAUGCCAGAGUUUGAGGGCUUGAAGACAACGACCUCCGGCCACAAGAUCCAAGAAAUCAGGGAGCUCAUGACCGUCCCCGUGAUUGUCACGGCGGACCUGACGAAGAGUCCGCCUGUGAUCAAGGUCUACAGCGUGAACCCCUACUCUCAAGAGAAGGCGCAGAAGCAGUGAUGGCACCUUUGUCUUCACCUCGUCUCCAACGACUUUGGGAUUCGGUAUUAUCUGUACUUUUAGUUUCGCCACCAUGCACGCUCAAAUGUGUCGCCCGCUUGUGUCUCUCUUCAUCCCUCCGCUUUCUCUUUCUUUCCUUUCACGACAUGUCUGGGAUUCUUAUCGAACACGCUGUUGUCAGGUGCUCCUUCCGUUUGUCUGUUUUGUGUUCUCUUUGCCUCGUUGGCAUGUGCUGGACGAAAACGAGGCUGUACUUGUAAACUGUAGGUAUUUCGUUCGUAAAAUAACUUUGACGUUCUCCUUUUCCAAAUC